AUGGAGCUGCCUUUCACAAACCUUGAAGUAGCUUUCAUCCUGCUGGCUUUUGUCAUUUUCUCCUUGUUUACCCUGGCAUCUAUCUACAGUGAUCCCCAUGACAACAAAGAAGAUCCUGAGCACUGCAAAGAAAAAAAAAAAAAAAAAAGAGUAACAUUGAGAGCAUUGUUUUGUACUAGUAAGUAA